AUGUCCGGUAAUAUAGAACCUCAGACAACAGCUAAAUGUAUACUAUAUACGACAAAAGGGAACAUAGCCGUUGAAUUAUGGGCUAAAGAGUGCCCCGAGACCAGUAAGCUGUUCUUAACCGAGCUGUCAGAUGGCGCAUAUAUCAAUGGGAAUUUCAAGGAGCUAAAACCGAGCCAAUGGCUAAUGUUCAAUGCAGUUGGUACUAAUGAAGAUCGUGCGGUUGUCCAGGAGAGAAAUCCGCGGAUAAAGUUCAACAAAGAUGGGCUUUUUGGAUGGGAUAGAAAAAGGAAUACAUGGUUUGUAACUGUGCAGGCUGAUUCUAAACAUGUCUUGAAUGAUUGCAAUGUGUUUGGGAAAAUUGUUGGGACUUCUAUUUACAUCUUCAGAGAAAUCUUGAGUGGUGAGCUUGAAACUUUCUCUCGGGAUGAUGAGGUGAAACGAUUCAUGUACCCUGCAGUUUUGAAAGAUUUUGAAAUAACAGUACCUUUUUUCGAAGACAUCUCUCCAUCAAAAAGAAGGCUGGAAGAUGACGAAAGAAUACCACAACAGCCCAAAAAGAAACUUAUGACAUCAUCAAAAGUAAAGAUCGUAUAUGAAGAUGAUGAAGAGGACGACGACGACGCUAAUGAUGAUAGUGAUGUUCUAGAGGCCAAACCAAGCAAGAGAAUUAUUCUCCCGGCAUGGAUUAAGGAUGAGAGUCGAAGCGAGGAACCCAAGUCUGAUGUUUCCGUAGAUCAGCCGGAAGAACCGCCAGUCACCGAACCAACGGAGCUGCACGAUGGCGUCCAUGGGCCGGCUAUUGAAGAAAGAGAAGGCCAGGAAAACGUUGAGGAAGACAUAAUGGACAAAAGAGAACAGGAAACUCUGGAAAUGCUGGCGAAGUUUCAACAACAAAUGAAAAACAAGAAGAUUCUGAAAUGA